AGGGUCUCGGCCUGAAACGUCGACUGUGCUUCUUCCUACAGAUGCUGCCUGGCCUGCUGCAUUCACCCAGCAACUUUUAUGAAUCACUUUGUGUCUGCCAGCAAAGUUUGGCACUAUAGUGAAUCCGGCAGAAUAAUGCUCUUGGACAACUGUUCAUAAAGACACCUCUUGAUGUGAAAGAAACUGUAAUUCUUUGUUUUAUAAAGAAUAAUGUUAGCAUUGUAGGCAAUCCAGACAAAAUUUGCUAAGAUAAUUCCUGAGAUGAGAGUGUAGUCCUAAAAAGCUUAGACUUGUACUUUUUGAAUUUAAAAAGAAUGAGUUUGACUUUACUUAAACAUAAAAUCCUAAGGGGCACGGCAAGAUAGAUGUUUUCACUAGUGGAAGAUUCUUGGACUAACAAAUUACAAAACGAGGUAGUCGUUUGAAACUGUGCUGCAUAGGAAUUCCUUCUUGCAGAAUUUGGUGAGCCUCUCAAAUUCUUUGCCCCCAAAGUCUGUGGAAGCUGCAUCUGAGGUAUUAAAGAAAGGUAGAUAAUUUUCUUUGUAAGAAUGGGAAAUAGAUGUCUGAAUCAGCUGUAAUCAAUAUUAUUGGAGCCAGGUGCUCAAUCCCCUUCUUCUAUGUUAUUGUUUGUUUUAUUUUUCAUCCUAUCCAAAUCAAAUCCUGAUUCUUACAUCCACUCUGAAAGUGAUCCUUCAUCCUGAGGGGAAUCUGCCACACUGCGCUCAAGUGGUGGUAGAGUACCCCCGUAAGUACGGAGCUGGCUUAACCAAAGGCUUAAUUUUGUACAUACAAUACCUGACUUGACCCAAAUUCAUUGUAUCCAUGGAGUUCCAGUUGGAUAUUUAGGCUCUGUAGAGAAGAGAGACUGUUUUGUUCUUGUAGUUAAAUUAAACCAAAGUCUCCUUCUUCUCUGAAGAAUUUAAGUAUGCCAUCACACUGCUUGAAGAAAUGAAUGAAAUUUUCCUUUUGAUGUUGUCAAUUUUAAUCCCUGAGUCAGCACCACAAAAGCAGAUUUUCUGACCCUAGUCUCUUUGUAUCCCAUUCCUUGCUUCCCAUUCUCUUUAUAUUUGGUUUUCUACUGUAGUGUGAACUAUCUUCCCAUACUAACAGAAUGGGUAUGUCAAUCUAUUCCUAGAAUUGCUGAUCCCAUAAAAGAUUAUUGGGUAAUUUUUAGUUGACAAAUUUAGCAGGUAUUUCCUGAAUGUAGCUGAAAAGCAUGCUUUGAAGCCUCUUGUAGGGAUGUGGUUUAAAAAAGUCAUGACACAGCAGAUGUUUUCCUAUAACAAAACUUAACGAUGUAAUACCUUUUGAUAGGUGGAACUAAGGAAGCUGCAAUGGAGGGAACAAAGCAGUCACGAGUCUCUCGUCCGCACAAGAUUAGUGAAUCAUCAAAGGGCACACAGAACCCACCUCUGGAGAAAAUGGAAAAUGUGGCUUACUUGUGGUGUACAGAUGGGCAGAUCAUUCUAAUGUUGUUCUCCAGGGACUAAAUGAGCAGAGACAAAGAGGAUUAUUCUGCGAUAUUGUGCUUGUGGCAGAUGAACAAAAAGUGUCAGCCCACAGGAGUCUCCUGGCUGUCUACAGUGAUUAUUUUAAUUCUAUGUUUACAAUUGGAAUGAGGGAAGCUUAUCAAAAAGAAGUUGAAUUAGUUGGAGCCUCCUAUAUAGGUUUGAAAGCAGUGAUUGACUUUCUCUAUAGUAGCGAACUCCCAUUAGAUGGUGGUAAUAUUGACUACGUUCUGGAAACUGCACAUCUUCUACAAAUUUGGAAAGUGGUGGAUUUUUGUUGUGAGUACCUUGAAAAUGAGGUUAGUGAAGAAAAUUACCUCUAUCUUCAAGAACUAGCCUCAAUUUAUGACCUGGAACGCUUGGACUGUUUCAUUGAUAGUUUUAUUCUGCAUGACUUUGGUACUCUUUCCUUCACACCAGACUUCUUGCAAAACAUCUCCCUGCAAAAACUUUGUCUGUAUUUAGAGAGCAACAAUGUCCAACAUGAAUGUGAACAUGAUUUAUUGCAGGUUGCACUGCAGUGGCUAACACAGAAUCCUGACAGAAUGCAGGAUGCACACCUCGUCCUUAAAAAUAUCCACUUCCCACUUAUACCUAAGAGUGAUCUAUUGCACAGAGUUAAACCAGCAGUGUGUUCCCUACUCCCCAAAGAAGCAAAUUGUGAUGUCUUCUUGGAAGAAGCGAUACAUUAUCACAAUAACAUCACAAAGCAGCCGGUACUCCAGAACAGACGGUCUGUUCUCCGAUCUGAUUUUGAAAGACUACUGUUUAUUGGUGGGGAAGUGUCUGAACGAAGAGAAGAGCUAAGUGAUGAUAUGUGCUACUUUGAUGAAGAAAAAGGACAAUGGUUUUCUGAAACAAUGUUGCCUGCAAGACGGAGCCACCAUUGUGUAACUGUCUUUGGAGGAUUUAUCUUUAUGGCUGGCGGAAGCUCUUCUCGUGACAAUGGAGGUGAUGCAGCCUCAAAUGUCCUUUAUAGAUAUGAUCCAAGGUGUAACCAAUGGUUAAAGGUUGCUCCCAUGAACCAGAGACGAGUAGAUUUUUACUUGGAUGCCUUUGCUGACUUUCUGAUAGCUGUUGGAGGCAGAAAUGAGAAUGGUGCUUUAUCCUCUGUUGAAAUUUAUGACCCCGUUAAAGAUUCAUGGUCCUAUGUUGCUGGACUACCAAGGUUUACUUAUGGCCAUGCUGGUUCAAUAUACAAGGAAUUUGUGUACAUUUCAGGUGGUCACGAUUACCAAAUUGGACCUUACAGAAAGAAUCUUCUUUGCUAUGAUUAUCGAACUGAUGUCUGGGAAGAGAAAAGACCUAUGAUAACUGCCCGAGGAUGGCACAGCAUGUGCACACUGCAUGAUCAUAUCUAUGCUAUAGGCGGUAGUGAUGAUCACAUUGAAUCAAUGGAACGAUUUGAUAUUUUAAGUGUGGAAUGUUACAGUCCACAAUGUAACCAGUGGACUCGAGUUUCCUCUCUUCUGGAGGCCAACAGUGAGUCAGGUGUGGCAGUUAUGAGCGGAAAAAUCUAUAUUCUUGGGGGUUACAGCUGGGAGAACACGGUGUUUUCAAAAACUGUACAGAUAUAUAACAGAAUUGAGAAUAAGUGGUUCCGUGGCACUGAUCUCCCAAAGUUGAUUGCAGGAGUAUCAGCUUGCAUUUGUGUUCUGAACCCUAGGUCUUCAGAGAAGAAGUUAAAGACUUUACACCAGGAUUGUAGUAGAUAGUAACCAGUCCAAUUAGGUGCAAUCUCAGGAUGUCUGUGAGAUUAAUUUAGCACAUUGUUAUAUAGAAAAAGCAUGUAGCAAUCCUCACCGGUGUUGCGUUUCAGCCAUUUGGCAAUAAUAUUUAAUAGACUUGUGCUAUUUAUUCUCAGUAACUGCUCUGUAAUGCUGUGCUACUGUGUGUUACCUUUGUAUGCAGAAGCCUAAAGUGUUAUGUGAGUGAUCUUAAGAUGUGAUUUUUUUAAAGAAACAAGAAACCUAAGGCAAUGGUGUGUUUUGAAUGGGAGACAGCAAUGUGUGUAAACCUAAGUAUUACUUUCAUUUGUUCUAAUUAUAAAUUACUUGGAGAAAUAGAGUACUCUUAAAGCAGUCUUAAACAAGUGAACGCUAUACACAAAAGCUUUCUAAUUGUCUAGUCCAAUUUCAUUUACCCAGUCUUUACAGAUGAAAUCUGCCAGAUCUGCCAAAAUGUAUUAUUAGUGCAUUAGUUUAAAACAUACUUCCAGAAGUAUUCUUGGUAUAACGAACAAUGCUAAAUAGUCUGAAAGUUUCCCAUUAUGAUUUUCGUAGAGGUAUUAUUGUCUAAUAAUUGGCAGUCAAAAUAAUCAACUAUUUUUAAAAAAUCGUAUAUAUAGUGCAUACCAUAUCACAUUGUGAGAAAGUAAAUAAAGCUUGGCUCUAAUGUUAAUUUAAAUCUAACAUACAAUGUGAAAUAUUAAUGUAGCAGUUGGUGAUUUAACAGUUCAAUGAGGUCAGUAGAAAAUAAAAUGAGCUCACACUUCUGAAAUAUUAUUUUUUUCUCUUUAUCAGAUGCCCUUUGUUCAUACAAGGAAAAAUUCAAAACUCUGAAGAUUAUUUGCCUGUUCCCAUUUCUCCAGUUUUUGCCUUUUGCACCUCUGAUCUCUCCAUCUUGUCUAUUUUCUUGCAUGGAGAAGAACAUGUCUUCUCACUUCUGCUCUUGUUGUAGUUCCACAGAAGAUCAGUUACUUCCCUUACAGACUGAAAUCAAAAACUCCUCACUUUUGAGGAAUAGUGGGAAUGAGGUUUCAUCUCCAAAGUAUUAUUGUGUUUUAACUUGUUUUGAAAGGACCUUUUGGUUUGAGUUUCAAAAUAAUGUGGGUACAUAUUUAGAAAGUAUGAUUCAUCUUGAUCAGUACUGCAUAUAUUUGUACAUUCCUAUGUGACAGAGCCAUAAGGAAAUUUUCUCAGACAUUGUAAAGUAUGCGAAAAUGGCUAGUUUCAGAACAUGAGCGGUGCAUUCUAACAGUUCAAGCACAAGAAAAAAACUUAAUGUAGGUGGAGUUUUCCUUCCUGUUUUAAUAUAGAAGCACAUUUUCUAACUUUUGUAAUGAAGUAAGCUGAAAAUCAUCUUGAAAUACAGCAAUUAAAAAAUCAAACAAUUUCAUUAUAUUUCUGGCAAAUAUACAAAUGCAACACCCCACUUUCUGAGAAUGGGUUAUGCAGUAAUCCCCCUCAUUGCACCCUUUUAACAGACAUAUUCAAACUUUAUAGUACAGAACAUGGGAAACACUUUCCCUCAAGAAAUAAUUUCAUGUUUGCACUGUUAGGGAUUAAAGAUCUACUUUGUGCGUCACCAUUACUGAUCCUGCUAUUGAGGGCACAAGAGUUAUUUUGCUGAAAAUGUUACCUUUGUUUUUAAACAACCAUUUUAAUACAAAAGUCUAAAUGCUACUUUGACCUGUUGAAAUUUGCUGUCUUUGAAGUGUAUGCUUCUCUUUGAUAGACUUUCAAGCUGCUCCCUCUUUUCUGCAAUGUUUUGUUGGCGGUUUGCUUAUUUUACAUGUUUUGUACCUCGUUUUUGGGAUGACGUUUUUAAUAUAGAAUUUCUUUGUUAAUUUGUACUUAUUUUUAAAAGGGGUUCCAAAUAGAAAAUUUAGAAUGAUUUUUAAAAUAUUUCAAAUAACAUGUUAAGCCAAUUAUGAACUAUUGGGGAAAACAAACUACCUGGGUCUGGUGCAACCAUGACAAUCCCAGAUGGAAUAAAUGAUGGCAAUGAAUUAUGUCCAAAGUAAUCUAAAAUACUGAUGUUUACUGAACAAAAUAUUAACGUCAGAAAGCGUUGGAUAACUUAAAGUGCUUGUUACAGAAGAAAAAAAAGUAGAUUCAGCAUAAAUAAAUGUAAUAAUACAUAAAAGGAAAUCUUGUGAGACAGUAGCUGGCAGAUUACGAGGGCAAAUAUUUAUUCCAUAGAGAUUGUUAACAAAGUAUCAAAUUUUAGUUACUUUCUAAGAAUGUAUGAGUUUUUAACCUCUUGGUUAUGGUUGGCUAGCCAUUGGGCACUCCCAAUGCUUUUUGCAAGUUUCUUCUUUUUGACUAGAAUCAAAAUGGCCCCAGUAGGCUCCAAGUAUGUGCACCUAGGUACGUUUUACAGUUGGAAUUAAAUAUUAUUGUCAUUCUUAAUCUCUCGUUCUGUGGUAAUAUUCUUCCAUCUGUAGUAUAGUUGGUGACAAAGUUCCUGCAGUUUAGAAUUUAGUCAUUAUAGUAGCUCUUAAAUCCUCUAUGUAAGCAAUGUGUAGGCACAUGUAUAUGGUUGUAUAUUUCAAAUUAGCAGAAAAUUCUGAACAUACUGGACUUGUCAAUCAUUUCACUUACUAUGGUGGAGGAGUGGGGGGUGUAUUGGGGGAACAGUUGUGCUCCAAUGUAGGUACCAUCAGCUGAAUUGCUUGAAUUCCUGGAAUUAAUUACAAUCUAAUCAUGUACAAAUUAAAAAUGUUCAUUCAUUCUCAUGGAUGUUUGGUACCUAAUCUUAAAUAUAUGGUAUUUCCUUGUACUAUAACAGUAAAUAUUUAUUUUAAUAGAAAAUUCAUUGAAUUUAGAAAAAAAUAGCAUGCUUGCAUGUGCUGUAAUUUUUAAAUGAGUUUGAAUUUGUUUCUUGAGGAAUGUUUUCAGACUACAGUAUGUGUGAUGGAAGAUGGUUCAUACCUUAAGCAAGUCAAAGUGUACAGCAGUUGCAAUUAAAUUAGUACGGUGAAUGUUGGUAUAUCCUGUAAUUGCAGGAUGUAUUUUCUCACUGCUGUAACAUUAAUAAAGAUGACUUGUAUAUUGUACAGCUUCUGAAAUUAAAUGCUUUUUGCAGACUGCUUCAGUUAUUGGUAUAAUGAAAUUACAAUUAAAACAUCAUCUGUAUUUUGGUAUUCCAUACAUGUCAUCCAUUU